AUUAGGUUUGGAAGAUCCGUUGAAGGUGAACAGGUUGCCGCCGGUUGGCCGGCGUGGCUGACGGCCGUCGCUAAAGAGGCCAUUGAUGGUUGGGUUCCUUUGAAAUCCGAGAGCUUUGAGAGGCUAGAAAAGAUCGGGCAAGGUACAUACAGCAACGUCUAUCGAGCACGCGAACUUCAAACUGGUCGAAUGAUGGCACUGAAAAAGGUGAGGUUCGACAAUUUCCAACCCGAGAGUGUGAGGUUUAUGGCUCGAGAAAUCAAGAUUCUUCGAAGGCUUGAUCAUCCAAACGUCAUGAAAUUGGAGGGUAUAAUCACAUCCAGGUUAUCAUGUAGCAUAUAUUUGGUUUUCGAGUAUAUGGAACACGAUCUCUGUGGACUCCUAUCGAAUCCUGAAGUCAAGUUUAACGAUUCGCAGAUUAAAUGCUACAUGUUGCAGUUAUUGAAAGGAAUCGAACACUGCCAUUCACGGGGAGUUAUACAUCGUGACAUUAAAUCAUCCAAUAUUUUGAUCAAUAACGAAGGAGUCUUGAAGAUUGCGGAUUUUGGUCUCGCGAACUUCUUUAAUUCUAGGAGCAAGCAGCCGUUGACUAGCCGUGUAGUGACCUUGUGGUAUCGCCCUCCGGAACUUCUCUUAGGGUCUACAAAUUACGGGCCGUAUGUUGAUAUGUGGAGCGUGGGUUGUGUUUUUGCUGAACUUUUCGUCGGGAGGCCCAUCCUUAAGGGGAGAACUGAGGUUGAACAAUUGCACAAGAUAUUCAAGCUUUGUGGCACUCCACCUGAUGAGUAUUGGACAAAGUCCAAGCUUCCUCUUGCAGCAAUGUUUAGACCCCAAUUUACUUACGCAAGUACUCUACGAGAAAGGUGCAAAGAACUCCCGAGAACCGUGGUCGACCUUAUUGACACCCUCAUUUCCGUAGAACCCGAGAAACGUGCAACUGCUAAAUCCGCUCUUCAGGCCGAGUACUUUUAUACGAGACCUUAUGCGUGUGAUCCUGCAAGCAUGCCAAAAUACUCGCCUAACAAAGAGAUUGAUGCAAGGUUCCGCGAUCAAGCAGGGAGGAAGAAGGCGGGUGGCAGAGUUCAAGCAUCCGGAACUUCAAGAAACCCGAGAAGAUCCCGAAGAACUUUGCAAGAGCAAAGUAGUUUUAGUAAACUGAUUCCAGAAGACGGCAACAGAAACUUCACAAGAGAUUUCGUUGACUCUAAAGCAUCAUACGACACGGUAUCAGAAGUUUCCCAAAUGACAGAAACUUCUCAAGCCGAUAGCAUUUGCACACUUCCUGCACAAGCUACGACAUCAAAUGGUAGCGGGCCGUCUGGUGCUCGGAGAACUCAUAGAAGACAUGUUGUGCAAAUGCAUCAUAAUUUUAUAAAGUUUGAAACUUUCGAUGCGAGUGGCGUAUACGAGCCUGAGGAUAUAUCUUCUGUAAGUUAUCUUUAA